AUGAAAGGCGGGAAAAGAGAGCUGACCUUCGCCAUAUUAUUCGGGUGUCCAGCGAAUAUUGAACGACACAUACUCGGGAGAUUGAGCCGAGUAAAGCAAUACUCUUCAUAUCCUCUUGUCCUCCCAGCUAUCUUUGCCGAGUUGGAGAGAGACCGCAUGAAGACAGUAGUGAAGGCGACAGUGAAGGCCAUCGAAGACGAAAUACUCAAGUUAGGUGUUGUGGGCUCGAGUGAGCCCCGCGAGGUCGAAAUGAGAGAAUCUCGGAAGAACGCAUGGUUAAAUGCAAACAACCUUCGAAAUAGUUUGAGAAUUUGGAAAGAGCAACUCCGCAAGAUGGCGGAACAGGUUGCUGAGUUGUCAAGUGUUCACCAAGGGAAGAUGAUCGAGGGUGUUUUCUGGCAGGACAAAUGUGAGAACCAACUGGGGAACAAUGCGGCUUUGAAGUCGUCAAUGGAGAGGACUGGAGCAAUGAUCCGUGAUCAACUACAACUUCUCAUUGAAGAUCAUGAGGAUAGGAUCCAAGAUUGCACAGUGGGUAUUGAAGGGAUGACCAUUGCCACGCAGUGGCCAAGAUUCUAA